AGUGAGCGAUAGCGGACCACUGCGGACCUGUCGCUGCAUCUGAUUUUAAGAAGAAAAAAAAGACAGAAAGCAAAUUCUAUUAUUUUAGAAACACUGCGGCGUUUAGUGUAUAGUCCCGUUGCUAUUAACAACGUUGUUCCCUUAUUUAAUUUGUCCGUUUUCAAUGGAGAAAAUAAAGAUGGAAUGAUCUGUAAGAAGAAGAAUCUGCCGUGACUUCAGCAGGAGAAAGUGUCUCCCGUUGCCAACGGGGCAAUUGUUGCUGUCUCAGCUUUACAGAUCAUUUCAGGGUUUCAAAUUAAAGGAUAACUUUACGUAUGCAGCCUCUGAACAACGCCACGCAUUGAAGAUGGACCUGAAAAUACUUCUGCUAUCCACGUUGUUGGGAUUUAUUUGCGACAGCAGUGCUCAGCAAGAGGGGAACGAGUGCAUCAAGGGCAACGCCAGGUACUGCGGGGAGUGUAUCCAGGUCGGAGCCAAAUGUGGAUGGUGUACAGACCCAGACUUUCUGAAACAGGGUGAGGCCACGUCGACGCGGUGCGAUGAGAUUGAAUCUCUGAAGAAGAGGGGCUGCGCCGCCGCCAAGAUCGAAGACCCCCGCGGCAAGCAGAAUAUCCUCCGAAACAAGGCCGUGACCAGCCGCAGUAAGGGGGGAGUGAAGCUGAAGCCGGAAGACAUCACCCAGAUCCAGCCCCAGAAGCUCAGCCUCGUCCUCAGAUCUGGUGAGCCCCAGACUUUCAACGUGAAGUUCAAACGGGCCGAGGAUUACCCCAUCGACCUUUAUUACCUCAUGGACCUGUCCUACUCCAUGAAGGACGAUCUGGAGAACGUGAAGAACCUGGGGACCCGCCUGAUGCUGGAGAUGUCAAAGAUCACCUCCGACUUCAAAAUAGGCUUCGGCUCGUUUGUGGAGAAGACGGUGAUGCCGUACAUCAGCACAACCCCGGCCAAGCUGCUGAACCCGUGCACCGGGGACCAGAACUGCACCAGCCCUUUCAGCUACAAGAACGUGCUCAACCUCACAGAGGACGGCAAGCAGUUCAACACCCUGGUGGGCCAACAGCAGAUCUCAGGCAACCUGGACUCUCCUGAGGGGGGCUUCGACGCCAUCAUGCAGGUGGCCGUCUGCGGGUCCACCAUCGGUUGGAGGAACGUUACUCGUCUGCUGGUUUUCUCCACAGACGCCGGCUUUCACUUCGCUGGCGAUGGCAAGCUAGGUGGCAUCGUCCUGCCCAACGAUGGGAAAUGCCACCUGGAGGACAACAUGUACACCAUGAGCCACUACUAUGACUACCCCUCGAUCGCUCACCUGGUUCAGAAGCUGAGUGACAACAACAUACAGACCAUCUUUGCUGUCACUGAGGAGUUCCAGCCUGUGUACAAGGAGCUGAAGAACCUCAUUCCUAAGUCUGCAGUGGGAACACUGUCUGCUAACUCCAGCAACGUCAUCAACCUGAUUAUCGAUGCGUACAACUCUCUCUCCUCUGAGGUGAUUCUGGAGAACAGCAAGCUUCCCGAGGGCGUGAGCAUGACGUACCAGGCCCACUGCAAGAACGGCGUGGUCAACGAGGGCGAGAGCGGACGGAAAUGCUCCAACAUCUCCAUCGGCGACGAGGUGUCGUUCAACAUCGGCGUGACGUCGAAGGGCUGUCCCAAGCAGACUGACCCAAGCAAGUCUGAGGUGAUCAAGAUCAAGCCGCUGGGCUUCACUGAGGAGCUGGAGAUCACUCUGAGCUUCAUCUGCGAGUGCGACUGCCACAAAGACCGCAUCCCCAAGAGCGAGCUCUGCCACAACGGCAAUGGCACCUACGAGUGUGGCGCCUGCAAGUGUAACGAGGGGCGGAUCGGCAGGCAGUGCGAGUGCAGCACCAACGAGGUGUCCAGUGAGGACAUGGACAAGAACUGCCGCAAGGACAACGGCACGGACAUCUGCAGCAACAACGGAGACUGUGUGUGUGGAACCUGCGAGUGCAAGAAGAGGGAGAACCCUGAGGAGCGCUACAGCGGAAAGUUCUGCGAGUGUGACAACUUCAACUGUGACCGCUCCAACAACAAGCUGUGUGGAGGCCACGGGCGCUGUGAGUGCAGGAUGUGUAUCUGCGACGCCAACUGGACCGGCAGCGCCUGCGACUGCUCCCUGGGCACCUCCACCUGCCUGGCCUCCAACAAGCAGAUCUGUAACGGCCGAGGCACCUGCGAGUGCGGCACCUGCAAGUGUACAGACCCCAAGUUCCAGGGCCCCACCUGCGAAAUCUGCCCCACCUGCCCCGGAGUGUGUGCGGAACACAAGGAGUGUGUCCAGUGCAAGGCCUUUGGGACUGGAGAGAAGAAGGACAACUGUGAGAGAGACUGUAGCUACUUCAACCUGAUCAAGGUGAAGGACCGCGACAUGCUGCCCCAGCCAGGCCAGGCCUUCCCCCUCAUGCACUGCAAGGAGAGGGACGCCAACGACUGCUGGUUCUACUACACAUACGCCGUCAACAACAACACCGAGAAGGAGGUGCACGUGGUGGAGACGCUGGACUGUCCCUCCGGCCCACCGAUCAUCCCCAUCGUGGCGGGUGUGGUGGCGGGCAUCGUUCUGAUUGGCUUAGCCCUGCUGCUCAUCUGGAAGCUGCUCAUGAUCAUCCACGACAGGAGGGAGUUCGCCAAGUUUGAGAAGGAGAAGAUGAACGCCAAGUGGGACACGCAAGAGAAUCCUAUAUACAAGAGUCCUAUUAAUAAGUUCCAGAAUCCAAACUAUGGGCGUAAAGCUGCAGUUCUAUAAGGUGAAAACCCCAUCUACAAGAGUGCUGUUACAACCGUCAUCAAUCCUAAAUAUGAAGGCAAAUGAGCUCCUGGAACUACGCUGUUCAUUCAGAGGCCUCGGGUGUUAGUGUCAAGUCUGGCAUGUUGUUUUUGUUUUGUCGCUUGGUUGUUAUAACACAUUUAGCCACUACACUUUCAUUAACUAAUGAAUUCACUCAUAAUUUCAUUUCUUUGCGUUGCGUUCUGACAUGUGUACAGUGUGUGUUGUAAUUGUAUAUACGUACUUUUAAGUGCACUUUGUUGCAGAAAUUGAAAUGUCAUUUGCCACAGGACUGGUAUAGGCAAAAUGUUGUGCUUUUUCCUCAAAUAAUGUGGAUAUGAACUUUCCAAAAGGACCUCCUGUUAGUGUGAGGGACCUAAUCUGAACUUAAAACAGAUUUUCUGCAAUGUUGUCCCAGAGUUUGCAAUCAUUCAUAUGGACAAACUAAUGUGUGUAUGUGUUUAUACAUUAGACAUCCCAUACGAUACUUGGAUCAUU